GAUCAGCAGCGAGCGCGCGAGGCACUGCUCGGGCUUGCAGGGAUUGGUAGCAGCUGCGAGCCGACUUAACCCCGUGGGUCUAGGAAGUGGGAGCCACCCGCGCAGGAGAGGGCGGGCUACGGGCGCCUGUCUACUACACUUUCUCUUUGCAUUCAUGAAAUUGCCUAGCUGUGCUUUAGCUCCAUCUGACAAGUGAGGAAGCUGAGGCCGAGAAGCAGGAGGCGUUGCCAUCUGCUGGGCUACACAACCUGUUAAGGCGAGGCCGGUGACCAAGGCCUCGGGGUCUGCGCUACCACGUCUGCUUGGAUCGGUGGACGUGGGAAGCAGGGUUCUUCUGCACGCCGCUGCUGGAGGCUUCCUGGAGGAGGAGCUCGAGACGUGGAGGAGGAACCAAGGCAGCCCUGGGGAGCGAGAACACAAUCCUACGGGAUAAAAGCCAGCCUGGGAGGAACCCCUGCAGCCAGGCGGGCAGAAGGCUCCAGGAACGGCCUCAUGGAAGAGAAGCAGAUCCUGUGCGUGGGGCUGGUGGUGCUGGACAUUAUCAAUGUGGUGGACAAGUACCCGGAGGAGGACACGGACAGCAGGUGCUUGUCCCAGAGAUGGCAGCGUGGCGGCAAUGCGUCUAACUCCUGCACCAUUCUCUCCCUGCUUGGAGCCCCCUGCGCCUUCAUGGGCUCGCUGGCCCCGGGCCAUGUUGCUGACAGUUUUGUCCUGGAUGACCUCCGCCGCUAUUCCGUGGACCUACGCUACACGGUCUCUCAGACCACGGGCUCUGUCCCCAUCUCCACAGUCAUCAUCAGCGAGGCCAGUGGUAGCCGCACCAUCCUACAUGCCUACAGUUUCCUGGUGGCUGACUUCAGGCAACGGGGCGUGGAUGUGUCUCAGGUGGCCUGGCAGAGCAGAGGGGAGACCCCUUGCUCUUGCUGCAUCGUCAACAACUCCAAUGGCUCCCGUACCAUUGUGCUCUAUGACACGAACCUGCCAGAUGUGUCUGCUAUGGACUUUGAGAAAGUUGAUCUGACCCGGUUCAAGUGGAUCCACAUCGAGGGCCGGAACGCAUCAGAGCAGGUAAAGAUGUUGCAGCGGAUAGAACAGCACAAUGCCAGACAGCCUCCAGGACAGAAUAUCCAGGUAUCCGUGGAGGUGGAGAAGCCCCGGGAGGAACUGUUCCAGCUGUUCGGCUAUGGAGAUGUGGUGUUUGUCAGCAAAGAUGUGGCCAAGCACUUUGGGUUCCGGUCAGCUGCGGAGGCCCUGAAGGGCCUGUACAACCGUGUGAGGAAAGGGGCUGUGCUUAUCUGUGCCUGGGCUGAGGAGGGUGCCGAUGCCCUGGGCCCUGAUGGACGGCUGCUGCACUCGGAUGCUUUCCCGCCACCCCGGGUGGUAGAUACUCUGGGGGCCGGAGACACUUUCAACGCCUCAGUCAUCUUCAGCCUGUCUCAGGGAAAGAGCAUGCAGGAGGCACUGAGGUUUGGCUGCCAGGUGGCCGGCAAGAAGUGUGGCCUGCAGGGCUUUGAUGGCAUCGCGUGAGUGCCCUGUGGCAGGAGGCACCGGCUUACACCCUUCCUUGGGGGACACCAUCACUGGCUUUCUCCCCUCUGUGCAGCCUGGCAUCCAGGCUGCUCUGCUCCUGGGCAGAUGCAGGCUGCGGGAGGGCUCUGCCUGUGUCCUGGCAUCUCCUAGUGCAGAGCUGCAGAGCAAAUAAAUCUCCUUCCCUAGA